UCUCCGGCAGAGGAGACGCGUCACCGUCGGCGCGUGCGUGCCAAGAACCGAAGCGGAGGGGGACAGCUCCCAGGUGCUGAAACCGGUCGGAGACAGAGAGGGGAAGGAAAAGCAGCGCCCGCCUUAGAUUGAGAAAUAAAACCAAAAGAAAAAAAAGCCAAAUCCCGCAUAACAGGGGGCACACACAGAUAAACCGAGGCCUUCAAAACAGAUGGCUGCCACUCAGGAUGUGAAAGGAAAAGGAGAAGGAGGAGACCAGAAUUUUGACUACAUGUUCAAGUUGCUGAUCAUCGGCAACAGCAGCGUGGGCAAAACCUCCUUCCUCUUCCGCUACGCCGACGACGCCUUCACUUCGGCUUUUGUCAGCACGGUGGGCAUCGAUUUCAAAGUGAAGACCGUGUACAAGAAUGACAAGAGGAUCAAACUGCAGAUCUGGGAGGGUCUCCUCAGAGGGGCCCAGCCCUCCUUAGUUCUCUUUUCCUCUCUGCAACGUUGUGCUCCUGCUGAGGGAUUCCAGUCGGACACUGCAGGCCAGGAGCGCUACAGGACCAUCACCACAGCUUAUUACAGAGGCGCCAUGGGCUUCAUCCUCAUGUAUGACAUCACCAAUGAGGAGUCCUUUGGCGCUGUGCAGGACUGGUCGACCCAGAUAAAGACCUACUCAUGGGAUAAUGCUCAGGUGGUGCUGGCCGGGAAUAAGUGUGAUAUGGACGAAGAAAGAGUGGUCUCAGUGGAUAGUGGUAGACUGCUGGCUGAACAGCUGGGUUUUGAAUUCUUUGAGACAAGUGCCAAGGACAACAUCAACGUGAAGCAAACCUUUGAGCGUCUCGUCGAUCUAAUUUGCGACAAGAUGUCUGAGAGCUCGGACACUGAUCCUGCUGUCACCACAGGAGCCCCCACUGCCAAACUCACAGACAGCGCUCCGCCCCUCCAACCACAGGGAUGCAACUGUUAGUGAACAUCUGGAAGCAGCACAGGUCCUGUUAGGAGGCAGAGUUGGCAGCAUUAUCGCUCCUGAUACUGCUGCCUUCUUUGAACUCCUGCCCAAAUCCUGUUUAGUAGUAGAUUUACAAAAUGCUGUUGUAUUAUCUCCCAACGUUAUCACCUUAUAUAAAAAGCAAAUAACUAGACACAAAUAACUAGACACAAAACAGAUGUGGCUGGUGUAAACAUGUAACAUCACAAGAUCUAGGAUAUAUCAAAAUCAUGUUCUCAAUCUUCAGCUCGUUAGUAUUGUAAUUAUCAAGUUAUUUUCUAUAGGGCUUGAAAUAGUUCACAGUCAUACUGUACAUGUAAUCCUUAGGACCUUUAAGACCUAAAACUACUUAUACAAUAAGGGAUAGAAUCAGUGAGUGCUUUAAGUCUUUUCUUGAAAAUUUGUGUACAGUAUGUAUUUUCCUAUGACAUUCAUUCAUUUCGACUCUUACAGCUGCCAAAUCUGUGAUUUAGAGCACUAGAAAAUGUAGCGGCUUUCUUUUGUGUAACUGUUUGGCUGUGUCUGUACAAUAAGUGAGUGAGGAUUUGCAUGAGUGUGACUGUUACGUCUCAUUGCCAUCAAAAAGAUCAUCUACCUUUGGAAAAAAAAAGUGGCCUUUUUAGCAUCUCCAACAUGGCCUCAAAAAGUCCCUCUAUCCUGCUAAGUGUUGGAACAAAUCCGGUCUGUAUAAUGUUGAUGUUAGUACAGUUCCACUCUGUGUGUAGAUGUGUGAUUUCAAUGAUGAAAAAAACUUUAAAAGUAAAAAGCAAUCCAGUGGUUGCCCUCAAGCUGUAAGAUGACCCUUUAUUUUAUGAUGCAAAGAGCAUGCUGCCAAAAAGACAAUGACAUGUGCUGUUUUCUUUUAAGAUAGGCCUUACCCAAACCUGUCCAUCCUUAAUUCCAUAUGACAGUAAUUAUACAGCGUUUUAUCAAAUAAAUGUCUCUUACUGUCAAGCCACAGUAAAGUGUAUAAUAUUAAACAGAUGAUCUGUCCUGGCAUGGAAUAAACAGCCAUAAUUUCUGAGUCGGCAUGCUUUUGUGCUGUAAAACAAAUUCCCUUCUUAAAGAAAUAUCACAGUAAGUUGCGUUAGUUGGUUUAGUAGUUUAAAAUGGAAAUCUUCCUCUACUUCAGGCAUAUUGUACUGUACUGUCCUAAUAAUAAGUCCAUGUAGUGUAAUCUGUUUCACUAACUUAACAAUCCUGAAUAUUUUAGUUAUGAUCAUUAAAAGAAAAAAGGUUUGUGCCAAAAUGGUUCCCUCAGCCCCGUCAGUGAUUUGUUGCAUAGUUGAAUAAAUUCUGAAAGAAUUGCAUGAAUUCACUCCUGACCUAUCUGUGUAGAUUUGUAUUGUAAGCCACUGUAUAUAUCACUCUGUGUUACAGAAUUAGGAGCAUUGACAUAGCACUCGCUAUAAGAUGCAAUGGGCCAAUAAGUGCAAUAUUUUAUUAAUUAAACUUGUAAAUAGUUUCUCCUAUCCUCGAGUUAGAGACUCUAUCUACAGUGUGCGAGUGACAGUCGGUCAGUUCUGAAAAUGUGGUACAAUGUCCUACAAAGGCAUUAGUGCUUCAUUCAGCACCUGCCGCCACUGAAUGCGUGACUUGAAGUGUGUGUGUGUGCGUUUGUGUGUGCGUUCCUGUCAUACCUGAGACAAAUUUCAGUUCUAUAGCGUAUUGUUUGUGUAUACCUUUUGUACAAAUGUAUCCACGUACUGUAUGCUGUUCCUGCUAAAUGUUGAGUGUAAACUAAACUUGUAUUAUCAUGUCAAAAUGCAGUGUUAUUGUGAAAGAUAGUCAGGGAGAUAACUUAGUCCAUUAGUCCAUCCCAUAUGCUGUACUAUUGUAAUUCUUAAGAAAAGGGGUACACAUAAAUGAUUUCAAUUCUUGCAUAUACAUUUGCACACAUUGUCUGUGUGCAUGUGUGUCAGUGUAUGUGUGAUAGUAUAACUUGUUGCCAUGAAAUAAAUCAGUGUAAAUCUCAAGUCAAGAUUUAUUUAAUAACAGAACAACCAUGGUCGAGCAGUCAAUCUGGGAAAGUGUCAUUUUAGAACAUCAUGACUUUACGUAUAAAUGAAUAUUUAUGGAGCUCUUGGAGUUCAAGACAAGUAUGAAGGAUGUUUUUGAGACUAUAGAAAAUAAAUCCAAUUCUAUCA